AUGGAGACACUUCAAACGGCCAUCGCGAGCAGAGAGGACACCGGACCGUUCAAAAAGCCGCUGGAAAACAAGAAAGAGCAAUGCAACGGUGGCGAUCACAACGAAACAAAUUAUGUAGACUUGGGCAAUCCGGUGGACAUGAAGACGGAUAGCACAAAGACGGUAAAAGUCACUUUCACAGGCGAAGGAAACCAACUGGCCAUAUUUAAAUGUAAAGGCGAUACGUCCGGCUCCGGGAUUAAGAGUCCUGGAGAGCGAGUAGGGAACGAAUAUGCUGAUAAAAGUCCAUCAAACGAGAGUCGCGCGGAUAACGUCGGAAUUGAAAAGUGCUAUUCUGAGAGACUUCAUGGAGAGCGCGCACGCCAUAUAAAUGUUCCUUCGGAGGAUGACUUGCCAGGAGAUGAGGUUAAUAAUAAGGAUGCCGAAACGAAUGCAAAACCCGAAAAUCCCAAAUAUGAAACGGAGGAGUUACAGUACACGGACAUGUACUUGAACAGCCGCUGCGAAUCAAAAGAUGGCACGAGCGCGGCGGACGCAGAGUCCCGCUACAUAACAACGCACGAGAUUCAGCUAACUGAGUUGGAUCACGAUGUGGAUUACGAGUUUGGCCGCGGAUCCUGCUGGGAUUUCGAGGAUGAUAAUCUAGUGUAUUCAUUUGUUGAUUACGCGUCAUUUGACAGCGACGAGACGACGCUUGGAAGAAUUCAAAGCAAGUCAAAGAGCAAUAAGGUUCAGCACACCUUACGCGCAGCGAAGCUCUCCGACACUGGUGCGCUGGUCAGCACCGAGAGUGAACUUUACGAAUCCGACAAAUGCGCCAGCUCGGAUGAAGGCGCGAGUAAGAUCCAACACGACCGCAGAAAUUCGGCAGGACAUAUUCAGCUAUCAAUCAAAGCGUCCUCGCGGGCUAUCAACGACAAUGCCGCUGUCCUAGAAGAGAAGAAUGUCCGCUUUCACACCAGACGCGCGGGUGAGCGGGGUCAUUAUUCGUUCAGAAGCUCUGACUCCAAAAGCGAGACCCCGUAUGACCGCUACUUCAUCCCACCUCCAGGUCGCCAACACCUAGCGAGCAAACUGAGAGGUAAAGACAUUAACGAAUAUUCCAGUGGCGCGUCCAGUUCCGUUAGUGAACUGGAUGACGCCGAUAAAGAGGUGCGCAAUCUCACCGCCCGGUCCUUCAGGAGUCUGGCGUGUCCUUACUUUGAUGCAAUAAAUUUGAGCAGCUCGAGUGAGUCCUCAAUGUCAGAACACGGACUGAGUAUUAACAAAUGGUCUGCUUUCGUCGACUUGAAUUACAGCAGCAUGACACAGGGACGCGAGCAGAACAAGCUGGCGCGCAAGAACUCUUCGCCUCUUUUGGAGGGGAAUAAAAGCGCCGAGUGUAAAAACGUGAAAGAUUUGGGUCAUACUAAUACGCUACACCCACAAACUAAAAUAUUGUCGCUGAAAAAUAACUUGAACCCUCAGCAGGCGUCCUCUGGGUCGUCUAAGAAAACAGAGAUACUAAGCAAACCAGGUGUCAGUGAAACCUUAACACUAACUGAAACCUUGAAUUUCAGCUGCAAUGUCGGAGCAGGCAUACCUGCGCGCGAGAGGCGCGCAAAACGCGCACUGAAUGCCAUAAGGUCACGUUCCACACCUGACGUCAUGGCAAGCAAGUUGGGAUGUGAAACAGAAAGUCAGCCCCGUGAAACGGCUGACACCUUGGAAGAUUCCCACAAGAAAGCCAUCUUUGCCUCUAGUCUUUUGAAAAACGUAAUCUCCAAGAAAAUGCAGUUUGAGCAAGAGCGUAAAAUAGAAAGAGAAAUACGCGCACCACUGUGCGCUCAAUCUAAGGAUCAAGAAGCUAAGAAAGAAAAAGAGAUUGUGCAAAGACAGACAUCAGAAACCCCAGAGGACCUCAGAGAUGACCAGUCACAAGAGAACCCGUGUUCCCAGACUGCUGAGUCACCCUGUGACCCAGGCGACGCCCUAAAAACUCCCCUGACCCCUAGUGAAAAAAGUGCUUUCAAAACCUGGAAAGAUGAGGAGGAAGAAUCUAAAGCUAACGGUGAUGGAGAAUGUAAGUGCGCACUGGAGGAGACCCCGCCAAACACCUCAAUUACACCCGUGAUGGAAAGCAGUGAAUGUGUUGAGGGCGAGAAUAGUAAGAUGAUUAAGAUGUCUCACUUGUAUGUCCCUAGCUCGCAGCUUAUGCCUAAUGAAAAGGAAGCGGCCGGGAUUUCAUUACAUAAUCUGAAAGUGACUGGAGAUCUUGACGGGGGAGGGUGCGGACAACUAAACUCAGGCCAGCUUCAGUGCUCUGCGGACAAAUAUAAAACCUCACAGUGUCAAAAAGCGCCCGAAAUCAAAAUACGCCUUCGAAGUGUCAAAGAAAACCAAAGCAAUCAGUUUAACAUCGCCAGCCUAUUAACUCCUAACAUACAUUGCAACGUCAGCCCCAAAAAGGUGACGAACGAGUCUAAAAGCCUAACCAUAUCUGACAAAGUACCGCAUUUUAUGGUUAGGGAUAUCAGAGAUAGUAAAUGUAAGUUCCAGACUCCUAUUCACCAGGUUCGAGACGUGCGUAAAUUGGUUAAAAGCUCAUACCGGGUUGUAGCGCUGGAAAACACCACGGCAGAAGCGUUACGCGAGGGGAGCAAACCUUUAAAAAGGGGACCGCUUCCUACACCAAUGGUCAUAAAAUGUCAGUCUGUGAACACAAACAGUGCCACAAAACCCAGUGAGCCUGUAAAUCUGGCCUCUAAACGCGAGGAGGGCGAGAGUUUGACAUCGGAAUGUGCUUUUAAAAGAGUCCCGUGCGCAAAGCAGCCUUUGGCUGAACAGCAAGAGUUUAGCUUAAAAAUCGAUGCCAAAACGGCAAAACAAAAAGCGGAAAAAGUAGUAGCCGCCAGCGAGAAGAAACCGGAAUCUAAAGUCAAAAAUCAAAUAGCGCUUGAAAAGUUAAAGGCAGCUGUGAAAACCAUGGAACAGCUGUACGUUUUUGAUAGGAACGAAUGGAAGCGCAAAACGCAAGCGCCGCGACCAAUAACGGACAGUCACGUCCUGUCCCUAAUCACGCGAGAGGAGCAAGGAGUGGCGACCAAAACGGACUAUGAUAACGAAUAUGGAAAAGCGGACAAUGAGAAACUCGCUGGCUCGGCCACAGCCUCUUAUGCAGGUGUGGUGAUGGAUGAGGAUAAAAUGUGUAUUCCAGCAGCUAAAUUUGUAGCCCAAAGGGCAGAUUCUUUCAACCCCAAAGCACCUACCCAUAUAAACACAGUGAAUGAACAUGCUCAACAAAUGUUUUCUAGCAAGGACUAUUCUUUUAAAUCUCAUAAAGUGCCUUUGUCAUUGAAAAUCUGUCCUCCUAAAGUAAAAAGUGAGGACACAGGUAAAGACAGGAUUUCUAUUUCAGAGCACCAGCAGCCUCCGCACUCAGACUCUGACGAUUACCUAACCAUCCCUGUUAAAACUCAAGCUUUUGAUUCCAAACUUAUGCAUCACCCAAAACCUCCCCUUCAGCCUUUGCAAUGCUCACCAAUCGAGUCUUGGUCCCCAGAGAGUCAGACGGCCACGAUAUAUCACCACGCCACGCCCGCUGUACCUGCUGCCCAACCCCAGGUACUCUGCCUCACACCUCCUGCAGAGCCCCCACCCGCCCACAUUCAGCGUAAGCUGCUUCUGGACCCCACCACGGGCCAGUAUUACUUAGUGGAAACCCCUGUGCUCAUGCAGCCAGCCGCUCAGCGGUUUUACCAUCCGGAGAGUGGUCAGUACUUGGACAUUCCUUUAUCAGUCCCCCCAGUGCCCAUGUCCAUCUCCCCAGUUACCCUCAGUCCUGCGGCAGCUUAUCCACCUACCUACCUGGUCUAUCCCUCAACCUUGCUGCCACCACACCCAAAUCCCCAGUCUCACUCUUCCACCUUCUCAGAGGGCGAGGACAUGGUCGAGACGGGCAGCAUGUAUCUGAUACCGCCAGGCCCGGCAGCAACCAACAGCACCAAACCUGUCAUUAGUAUUACAUCACAGCAAGGUGCCCGUAUAGUUGCCCCUCCCUCCUUUGAUGGGACAACCAUGAGCUUUGUGGUGGAGCAUAGAUAACUGAAUGAUGGUCUGUGUGUACAGUAUGUAGGACUGUGUCCUUUUCCCUUCCACUUCAUCAGAAAUUCCUCUCACGUUUCAGUUUCCCACACUUGUCUUCAUCAAUUCCUACCUGCUGUUGUCUCCUGAUCCGUGGCUUUUGCAAUGUUUCCACUGAAGAUGAAUAACUGUAACUGAAGCAGUUUUACAAACUUUUUGAAAGAACAUUUGCUUUUAAUGUAUUAGGCUAUAGUCUGUAGACAUUAUGAGACAACUGUUUUUGCUGCCCAUUCAACCUUCUUGAAACACUACAUAAUUAAGGGAUAUUAUGUUCAUUAUAUAUUUCAUUUUAUAUAUAGUGUUUUUAUUCUUGCAUUUUAAGCAAUUGUUAUAAUUAUACAGUACAUGAAUGGGAAAAUGGCCAAUUCUGUACAAUGUCAAUGUGCAAUGAUUGUCAUAUUAUCAUAAUGGAAUUUAGGAAGCAAUUCAAAAUUGUUGCUGAAUCUUCAUGCUGCAGAUUACCUCAGUUUGUAGUGCUGGCAUGGUGCUAUCUAGUGGUAUACUUUUUUCCCCCCCAUCUGUCCUCCCUUUCAUUUUUUUCUAUUUGUCUUUUUUGUAACAUUGAUUAUACAUUAAAUGUAUAUGGAUCUGCAGGCCAAUCUAUGUACCACUUCUAGAAGGAAUGGAUUGUUAUUUUUGUCAGUGCUGGCAAAUAUUUUGUAUUAUAAAUGUGUUAUUUAAAUUAAUUCCAUAAAGAUGAUGACAUCUUUAUCUUAUAUAAUAAUGAAAAAUUCUAAAGUCUAAACGUACUGGGAUUUUUUGAUGUACUUUUUGUUCUAACACAAGGAUACAAUUACAAAUAGGAUUUAGGACACAAAUAAAAUGUAAUACAAAUUACAUCCUGCUACAUCAGAAGUAAUAAAUUAUAAUUAGUGCUGUUAUAUAUUCGAUACAUUUUUUAAAUUGUGAUUAAUCAAAAAAUAUUUGUAGUUAAUCGUGAUUAAUCACAGAUUUUGAAAGUGCUGAAAUUUGACACUAUACAGUAUACAUUUUCUUUUCCUGUCAAAAUGCAUUUAUUUCACUCUUAGGAAAGAAAACUAAACAAUAUGUAACAAUAUUAUUCCUUAACAUUUUCCAAACAAAGCCUUCCACAGUAUAAAGAUAGAAAUGCACUAAAAUAGCACCAAUUCAAGUAACAUUAAAUGUUUCCCAAAGUCUAAGUGGGAGUUUGAGUAAUUAAAAGAACUAAUCUCCCCAUAGGUUGCAUAUUCAUUGCAAUGGACAUUAAAUCUCUUAAACUCUCAUCAUCCACAAUAUUAAUACGCCGGUAGACUGUGGCUAUCUGCUUUGUUACAGCAAUCAUGAAGCCGCAUUUAUGAUUCGAGUCAGGGCAUCAACCCCAGCAUCACAAGGCGCUUUCAACUCCACAUGAAAAGAGCUUGCAGACAAAAACGUCUCAUUCUGCAUUUUGGUGAUAGUUAAGAAUUGCUGUGCUUCUGUGGUAAUUAAAAUGCACCUCACUUAGGCAAAAAAAUACUUGACUUCUAUCACAAUUCCCAUCUGGGCUGGUUUUGUACAUCAAAUAGCGUUAAGAGCUCCUUUCCUCAUCACUUUGUCUCUGACAUUGAAUCACUGCUGUGUUUUUUGUGGUGUGUAACGAUGGACACGUCGCAAAGGUUCCACCCUUCCAACAAGUGUCUAUGCUGGUUUAUACUUUACUAACAGUAAAUCAAAUACGUUAAUCGUCUUAAAGAAAAUUCUGCACGUUAAACAUAUUUAAUUAAUCACAUGCGUUAACAUGUUAAUUCUGACAGCUCUACUUAUUCAUAAAUUCUUAUGUUAAAUAUAUUAUAUUGCUUAAGUUAUGUUAAAUAGUUUGAUAUGCACUUCUCAUGUUAGAUUGAGUAUUUAGUUGUAUCUUGUAUUUUGAGGAAAAAUACAUAGUUUGAUCAAAAAUAAAAACUCUCAAAUUUACAUAUGCACUAUGAAUAUAUAAUAGGAGUAUCUCACUAAGUAUGUAAAUUACCUUAAAUAUGACACCAACUCAUGUCAAAUUAUUGGCACAACAGAUUAACUGUAUUAGCAGUUUUGAUUUUCACUAACCAGAUCAGACCAGUUUUUCACACAAAGUAGUAUGCUGAACAGUAAAAGUUGACGUACUUCGAUAUUUAGAGAACACUUUGCAAAAUCACUUUGAAAAAUUAUUGUAUGAAUAUGAUUCAUUAAUAAUGAAUCAUAUUCAUUAAAAUAACAACAAAGAUAAAUCAAGUAGCCUCCUCAACAACAGUAUGCAUUGUUUAAAACACUUCUGGCUUGCAUGUAUGAUGGGUACAACCUGAAACUCGACUACUUAUAAUUUAAAACACAUUCAGUGGAACAUGUACAUCAUUGCACUAUUAAAAUCUGAUAUAUGUCCAUUUCCCAGUGAUGUUAUUAGCACACCAGUACUAGUGUAGGAAACUACUGGCCCACUCAGCUGCCUGUUGUUAUAGAAUUUGAGGGCAGCUGAAAGGGCAGUGUAAAUAAGCUGGCAUUUGGAUGUCCUGUUACAGGUUGAGAAUUGCAUGUUGAGAGAGUUAGUAAAUAUUUCUGAUUUCAUUAUUUCAGCAUUUAUUCAAUCAGCUUCUGACACCUACAGUAUAAUUUGCUUGUGUUUGUUUACAGGUGUCUUUGCAGGACUUUUAGAGGUAAAUAACCAUUAGGCCCAUUGCUCCUAUGAAAGUUUUAUGAACCAACAAAAAAUAUGUAAAUAUUUUAAUGCAAUGAUUGUUUCAACUUAUUUAGAGACUUAAAGGGAUAGUUCACCCAAAAAUGAAAAUUAUCUCAUCAUUUAAUCACACUCAUGCCAUCCCAGAUUGUGUGACUUGCUUUCUUCUGAAUAACACAAAGUUUUUUUUAGAAGAAUAUCUCAGCUCUGAAGGUCCACACAAUGCAGGUGACCAACAUUUUGAAGCUCCAAAAAGCACAUAAAGGCAGCAUACUGCUGGUUUAAUCCAUGUCCUCUGAAGCUAUCUGACCGGUUUUGGGUGAGAACAGACCAAAAUGUAACUAAUUUUCACUGUCCAUCUUGCCAUUGCAGUCACUAGGCAUGAACAUGAUUUCAAACUCAUUUACACCAGUGCUUGAUGCUAGGAAGUGUAAUUGUGCUUGAAAUCAUGAUCAACAACUACUGCAGAUGCCAAGAUUUAUAGUCAAAAAGGAGUUAUUUUGUGGAUUGUUCUCACCCCAAACCGACUGGAUUGCUUCAAAAGAUGUGGAUUAAACCACUGGAGUUUUAUGGAUUACUUUUAUGCUGUCUUUGUGUGCUUUUUGGAGCUUUCAUUAUAUGGACCUACAAAGCUGAGAUAUUCUUCUAAAAAUCUUUGUUUGUGUUCUGUAGAACAAAGAAAGUCAUACACAUCCAAGAUGGCAGGAGGGUGAGUAAAUGUUGAGAGAAUUUUCAUUUUUUGUUGAACUAUUCCUUUAAUGUAGUUUAGUGUGUUAAAGGUGAACUCAGUAAUUUUUCCUCAUUUUUACUCCUAAAUACGCAAACUGUAAUUUUGCAAUAUAUGUACAAAAUCAUGACCACUCAC